AUGUGGGCUGCACUUUUGGGAUUUGUGUUUUUUAUGUUUGAUGUAUCAGCCCGUUCUGGAAGUUGGGAGCCUUUGGGACAGCCUUAUUUUGACAACAGUACGAAGCGUGAAACCACCGCAGCGGUGGGACAACCGGCGUUUUUGCACUGCCGAGUAAGGAAUCUUGCUGAUAGAUCUGUUUCUUGGAUACGGAAGCGUGAUUUGCACAUUUUAACAGUGGGUGUACAUACAUAUAGUAGCGAUGCACGUUUUGCGGCACUUCAUGCGGAUGGUUCGGAUGAAUGGACAUUGAGAAUAUCACCUGCUCAGCCUCGAGAUUCUGGAGCUUACGAGUGUCAAGUAUCGACGGAACCAAAGAUUAGCCUCUCAUUUCGCCUUACUGUCGUUGUAUCGAAAGCUGAAAUAUUAUCGGGACCCGAGUUGUUUGUCAGAGCUGGAUCGGACAUUAAUCUCACUUGCCUUACAAAACACGCUCCUGACCCACCAAGCUUUAUUUACUGGUAUCGCGGUGACCAAGUAGUAAACUACGCACAACGGGGUGGUAUUAGCGUUGUAACUGAGCAGCGUACCCGUACCAGCCGUCUGCUUAUUGCGCGCGCCUUACCUCAUGAUUCGGGAAAUUAUACUUGCGCACCAAGUAGUUCCGAAUCUGCAUCCGUGAUCGUACAUGUUUUAAGCGGCGAACAUCCAGCAGCAAUGCAGAGCUCCAGUUCAAAUCCGCCUCGCUUAGAUUAUUUAUUAACCUCAUCUUUCUUUACAAUAUAUAGUUUGAAUUACGAUUCACGUCAUAGAAAUUGGAUAGCAACUCGUGAAUAA